AUGUUCAACCUCCACAUCCCUUGUUAUGUGAAGCCAAACUCCUCUGCUCGCCGUACAGGUAUUACAAAGGUGGGCAUCGAUAAAGUCGAGAUUUCUGUGGCUGCUGUUCCACGCGACGGAGCAGCUAAUAUUGCAGUGUCGCACAUCUUCGCAGAGAUCUUCAAAGUUCCAAAAUCGAGCGUCGACGUUAUUCGUGGCGCGAAAUCACGAGAGAAAAUGUUGUGUGUCGCCAAUCUGGAGAUCGGAGACGACGGCGAAGCAUACUUGCAGCGUGCGACGCAAAUAUUGAAGGCCGCUGUCAAUACACGAAACUCGUAG